AUGGAACGCCCCACAUGCACAAAAUGGAUUAAAGUUGCGAGGGAUACAUUUGCGGCAUGUAAGGACAAGACGAUCGUCCGGUACUACAUCGGGCAAUCCAUGAAAGACCUACUCGGUCGCUACGCUGCCAAAGACGUCGACCUUAUGGAUCACAUCAGCAUGACACUAUAUGCAGUCUUUGGACCGGGGACCCCAUUAAGCUCAUCAUCCAGCGUCUCCUUCUUCGCCACCCCGAUCGUUGCCUGCAAGGGCAUUGUGACCCUUUCAACCGGCGCUCACCUCCGCCACGACAUCGAGUGGGCCUUGAUUACGUUUUUACGGAGCUCUAGGCCGGAGAACGUACUCAACUACCUAGGGGGGGAACGCAGAGGGUUUAGUCCGGAAUGGUCGCUGUUCAGCGACAAGUACGAUGGAGUCUCUUCGAGGGGUGCCUACUUCCCAGCAUGUUCGGGCAAGAUGAUGACCAUUGGGAAUCGCGGUUUAACCCUUCAUCAAACGGGAGAGAGAGGUGCAGCGGGGUGCCUACUGGAGCUUGCAAACGGCGGUCAAGCUGUCCGGAUCUACUCCCACGUCGAGCAUCGGGUGCUCUGGUGUCACCGGUUGGAAUUGUGUGCAGCAUGGACCGACCAGUUCGAACGGAUGUUUGAGCGCGACAUCAAGCUGGGGAAGGUACCUGCUAGGGCGCUUGAGGUGUGGAAGGAGCAUGGCAGACUUGACGAAAGACCAGGGAAGGGUUGGCAUGCACAGUGGUCUGACACAGAGAUUGACUUCGAUCCGACGACGGUAUACACCACUUCCUGGGCCAUGAUAUGCGACAGGCCCAUUUCCCGGAUUUGCUUUGGAUCGACGCUGCCUGGGAAGGAUGGGGAGGGUGUGCAGCUUUCGGCCAGGUGGCGCACGGCAUAUGAAGACCAGCUCACUUUUGUCCUGGCGUGCGUCGACCCGGAUACGGCUGAAAUCGUCAUCAAGGACGCCGCUGACCCCACCAAGGUCGUGAUCACGCUCCCUCCACCAAUCGUACAAAGUUGCAGUGUAAAGCAGCUCCACGCGGGGGAUGACGAGACAGGAUGGACCAUGUACACUCGCAAAAAACUUUUUUGGGCUAUCGGAGGGUCGUCUCUUGCACGUACACUCGCCACUGUCGAGGACACCCUCCGCGUUCACCUGUCUCCUGCGGGCGAGGCCAGUUUGGAGCAGUUUCACAUCAAAAAUCGAGUUAGUAGCGGGAAAACGGGAAAACAGGACCCCACUCGUGCGCUGGAGCUCGCUUCUACCAACUCGCCGAUGAAACUCGGGAGGUAUCUACUUGCGCAGAAGGUGCGGUUCCCUGGUGGCAAGCAUAGUCACUUCAAAUAUGUUUGCUGGUUGGGAGUCUUAAUUGGGGACGGGUUUAAGGUAGAGCGACAGCUAGGAGGGGAGCGACAGAUCGCAUCUCCAGGCUUUGUCGCAGCGUGGGGUGCUGCAGAGGAUGAUCAAGAUAGACUCCAUGUUAUGGCCUGGGUUGGAAUCGACAAUCUGCUCCACAUUGCUCUCAGCGAUGAUCCACAGCACGAGUUGGCUCAACUGCGGGUAUUCGAUGGGAACAGACGUUACUGUCCGGACGUGUAUGGGUGUUUUCUGUGUCUUCCCAGGAUGAAGAAGACGGUAUACCGCGGCGUCACUACUAUCACGUCCUCAUUCGGGCUCAGCCACACUACGAUGGAGCCCUUGGUCAAGGCGGCGCCAAAAGCAUUCCGCAUUGCCGACAAGGAAGUGAGAAGGCUCUGGUGUGCGGCACAUGAACAGUCUCUUGCCUCUGAGUCUUAG